CAAGAGAUACAAAAUCAAAAAUGGCGAACAAGGAAAGCGAUUCUCAAGAAUACCUUAAAAAGCAUUGUAUAAUGGAACUGUUUGAAAACUUAACUGCUCAGUUGAUCUAUGAAAGACCAGAGGACCCGAAGGCUUACAUGAAACAAUUCCUGGAGAAAUUAAGAGAUGCUAGAACAAUGCAGAGAAACUACCCUUGCAUAUUUGAUGACAGUAAUGUUAGAUCGUUGUUUGGAAUGCUAGAUGUCACUGGAAAUGGCUUCAUAACAUAUGAACAGUACAAGCAAGGGCUUGAAACAAUGGGUGUCAAAAAGUUUGAUAGAGACCCUCCUGGAGGUGAUAUGGACAGAAUAAGUGCAGAGACAUUUUUGAAAGAGGCGCGCCAAGGACUUGCUCAGUCAUCCGCAACAUUCUCUUUGUAGUACUAUAUAACUCCCCUUCAGUGGAUUUUUAGUUUGUGUUCUCUCAGAUCAAGAAACCCCCUAGCCCACAUUAGAUUAUGGUGUAAUUGUAUAAACUUUGUGUAAAUAUUAUCAUCACAUCAUUACUUGAAUGAAAGAAAAUUGUUUUUUCUGAGCAUCAGUCUUCAAUGUUUAAGUGAUCAAUUUAGGUACAGAUAUGAAAAAAUAAAGAAAGGUGCUACACUC